UCAAUAUUUGAUGAUGGUUCCCAAAAUAUUUUUGUUAUUUCAGUUUCUCAGUUUCUUAUGUCUCUUUACCGUUACUUUUGGUUCCACUGAGGAAGCAAUUGCCCUCCUAAAAUGGAAAGCUACUUUCAAGAACCAGAAUAAUUCUUCAUUGGCUUCAUGGACACAGAGUUCGAAUGCAUGCGGGGAUUGGUAUGGAGUUACAUGCUUUAAUGGUAGCGUAAACAAGUUGGAUAUUAGAGGUGCUAAUGUCGUCGGUACACUCAAUGAUUUCCCAUUUUCAACUCUCCCUUUUCUUGAAUAUGUUGAUCUUAGCAUGAACAAUCUCUCUGGAGUCAUUCCACCAGAUAUUGGUAAUCUCACUAAUCUUGUCUAUCUUGACUUGCACACCAAUCAGAUUUCAGGCACAAUCCCACCACAAAUCGGCUCACUAACCAAGCUUCAGACCAUUUACAUCUUUGAUAACUUUUUAAAUGGUUCCAUUCCUUCCUCAUUGGGAAAUUUAACCAACUUGUCUAUUUUGUAUCUUUAUCAAAAUAAUCUUUCUGGCUCAAUUCCUACAGAAAUAGGUUACCUAAGGCCCCUUGCUUAUCUAGCUUUAAGUACUAAUUCUCUUAAUGGUUCUAUUCCCUCUUCAUUGGGAAAUUUGACUAGCUUGUCUAGUUUGUAUCUUCAUGAGAAUCAUCUUUCUGGCUCUAUUCCCAAAGAAAUAGGUAACCUAAGGUCUCUUAGAGAGAUAAUGUUGGGUAAAAACUCUCUUAGUGGUCCUAUUCCUGCUUCAUUGGGAAAUUUGACCAACUUGACCUUUUUGAAUCUUGGACACAAUCAUCUUUCUAGCUCCAUUCCUGAAGAAAUAGGCUACCUAAGGACCCUUAAUUUUUUAGACUUGUCUACUAAUUUUCUUAAUGGUUCUAUUCCUCCUUCAUUGGGGAACUUGAACGGCUUGUAUCUUUUGUCUCUAAAUGGUAACAAUCUUUCUGGUUCCGUUUCAAGUGAGUUGGGAGAUAUGAAAAGCCUCGUUACUAUGUUUUUAAAUAUGAAUCAACUCAUUGGUUCAAUUCCAGCUUCCUUUGGCAACUUGAGAAACUUGGAAUAUUUGUAUCUCCAAAGCAACAAUCUCACUGAGAAAAUUCCUUCAUCUAUCUGCAAUUUGAUAUCAUUGAAAGUGUUGUAUUUGGGGAGAAACAAGUUGAGGGGAGAAAUUCUGCAAUGUUUAGUUAAUAUUAGUGGACUCCAAGUACUAAGAAUAGAAUCUAAUAAUCUCAGUGAAGAGAUCCCUUCGUCUGUUUGUGAUCUAACAUCUCUAAGGAUUUUAGAUUUGGGCAGAAAUAAUCUAAAGGGACCAAUUCCACAAUGUUUUGGCAACAUGGGUGGUCAUCUUGAGGUUUUGGAUAUCCACCAAAAUAAUCUUUAUGGGACUCUUCCAGAAACUUUUAGCAUUGGAAGUGUACUCAGAAGCUUAGACUUGCAUGACAAUGAAUUAGAGGGGAGAAUCCCCCGAUCUUUGGCUAAUUGCAAAGAAUUGGAACUUCUUGAUUUGGGAGAUAAUCACCUUAAAGAUACAUUCCCACUGUGGCUUGAAACUUUGCAAAAGCUGAAAGUUUUAAGGUUGAGAUCGAAUAAAUUGCAUGGGCCAAUUAGAACUUUAAGUGAUAAAAACAUGUUUCCUGAGCUUCGAAUUAUAGAUCUCUCUUACAAUGCCUUCACGGGGAACUUGUCGACUAGUCUGUUUCAAAAGUUGAAAGCCAUGAGGAAAAUUGAUCAAACAGUGAAGGUACCGACAUAUCUUGGUAAAUCUGGAGAGAGAGAUUACAAUGAUUCUGUAACAAUUUCAACCAAGGGAUUGGAGCUUGAACUGGAUAGAAUUUUGACAAUUUACGUCACAGUGGAUUUUUCAAGUAACAAAUUUGAAGGACGUAUUCCUAGUAAUCUGGGAGAUCUCAUUGCACUACGGGUGCUGAAUUUGUCUCAUAAUAGAUUGCAAGGUAAUAUACCAUCAUCACUUGGAAGUUUAUCUUUAGUCGAAUCAUUGGAUCUUUCAUUUAACCAGCUUUCGGGAGAGAUACCACCACACCUUGAUGCUCUUACGUUUCUUUCAUUCUUAAAUCUCUCUCACAAUCAUCUCCAAGGAUGCAUUCCUCAAGGACGUCAAUUUGCUACAUUUCAAAAUAAUUCAUAUGUAGGUAAUGAUGGAUUACAAGGAUUCCCUGUUUCGAAAGGUUGUGGAAGUAUUUGGACACCAGAGACAAAUAAUACCGAUUAUGAGCUAGAUGAUCAAGAAAGCAAUUCUGAAUUUCUUAAUGAUUUCUGGAAAGCUGCACUUAUGGGAUAUGGAAGUGGGCUAUGUAUUGGAUUGUCCAUAAUAUAUUUCAUGAUCUCAACUGGAAAUCUGAAAUGGCUUGAAAAAAUCAUUGAAGAGCUGGAAUACAAAAUUAUUAUGCGACAGAGAAAGAAGCAGCGAAGUCAAAGGCACAACAGAAAAAGAAAUAAUCGCAUGUAGAAGAGUUAAAAAAAUCAGGUACGUGCUUGGAGGAGCAUUUGGUGGAAUGCUCAUCAGAGAUGUAAUAAUGAGUAAGCCUUUUAUUAACUUGGGAAAAUGAAUACUAUGAACUUUGAUGAUAUAUCAAGUUUAUG